AUGAGUGAAGCCAAAAUUGGCAUUGAAUACCUUUCCGUAGGUGCCAACAGGCAAACGGCGGGUGCAGAUUGGGGCGGUCACGGCCUGGUCGCUUUUGGAGCCGAUUCCAAUAUUGCGCUCUGGCAGCCCGAUGAUCACGCUACCCAGGGAGUUAGUAGACUCUUACAGGGACAUACAGAAGCCGUGAAGGCGGUCAAAUUUCUUCCCAAGGUGGAGAAUGACGCCAACUCAUAUCUGUUGUCUGGAGGGGAUGAUAAAAUUCUAAAAGUCUGGAAAAUCGGCGAGGACAAGUCUGCCACAUGCAUCAAGACAAUUGAGGAGCAUACUGGGCCGAUAAACUGCAUUGCAGUCCUUCACAGCUUGCAAGAUAGGCCUUACCACAUCUUCGCAACGGGAGCGGCAGAUGCUUCGGUAAAAAUAUGGCGCUUCGAAGGGGGCGAAGUUACUUUGCUGCAGACCAUCAAGCCAAACCCCAAGCUCUUCCCACUCUGCGUAGCAAUCAGCGAUCUGAGUGCUCACGGCGACGGCCUUGCACUGGCGGUGGCAGGAACAAAGAACAUCGUUCAGGUCUUUGUCGCCGAAUCUUCAUCAGAGCCCAAGUUCGAGCUGCAAGCAACACUCUCAGGUCACGAAGAGUGGGUUCGCUCUUUAGAUUUCGCUUUCGAGACGGUAGAGCCGUCUAGUGAUUUGAUUCUUGCGUCUGCCAGUCAGGACAAGUAUAUCCGGUUAUGGCGUUUCCACAAAGGCGCAGAACUGCCUGCCCCGUCCGCGGCGGGUAAUGACCCGACAUUGGGUACAUUCCUGCCUGGGAAAUCGCCGUCAAACAAGGCGUAUCGCCUAAAGGCUGGCGAAAACGACUUCUCGAUCACAUUUGAGGCCUUGCUACUUGGGCAUGACGACUGGAUUUAUAGUGCUAAAUGGUACUACAACGCAAGCGGUAGAUCACAAUUGCUCUCCACAUCGGCAGACAACACGCUAGCGAUAUGGGAAGCCGAUCUGACAUCGGGUAUCUGGGUUACCACUGUACGCCUUGGUGAGAUCAGUCGGGAGAAAGGUGCAACGACCGCGACGGGAAGCACGGGGGGCUUCUGGACAGGACUCUGGUCUCCAAAUGGACAUACAGUGAUCACACUCGGUCGCACAGGAAGCUGGCGUCGGUGGGACUACAAGAAAGAUGUGUCUCAGUGGGUGCAAAUCACUGGAAUAAGCGGUCAUGUCAGAUCCGUAACGGGUAUCUCGUGGUCCAAGAGCGGAGAGUACAUUCUUUCCACCAGUCUCGAUCAAACCACGCGCCUCCAUGCCCAAUGGAAGAAAGAAGCUGGCAAGAAUACAUGGCACGAGAUGGCCAGGCCACAGAUUCAUGGCUAUGACUUGAAUUGUAUCGACUCCAUUGGAUCGUCACAGUUCGUUUCAGGAGCUGAUGAGAAGCUAAUGCGUGUAUUCAAUGAGCCGAAGGCCGUUGCGAAGCUCCUCGACCGGCUUUGUGAUAUUGGCGACUCAGAAAUCGAGCAUAUGCCAGAUGCAGCGAACAUGCCUGUACUCGGCCUUUCAAACAAGGCCAUCGACGCAGUUGACGAUGACCUUGAGAUCGAGGCAACGAAUCCUGAGAAGGAUCGUGAAGCUCUCGAUCCGGGCUCAACAGUACGGAAAUCCGUACUGGAAAUAGACCACCCCCCUUUCGAAGAUAGUCUGUCCCGGCACACUUUGUGGCCUGAGGUUGAGAAGCUGUACGGACAUGGUUACGAGAUUUCAUGUCUGGCAGCCAGCCACGACGGCACUCUCGUUGCAAGCGCUUGCAAAGCCAGUUCGCUAAACCACGCUGUCAUUCGGCUGUUCGAGACGGAGAAGUGGACAGAAGUCAGACCACCCCUAUCGGCACACACUCUAACUGCUACCCGGUUGAGAUUCUCUGCAGACGACAGAUAUCUCUUGAGUGUUGGUAGAGAUCGUCAAUGGGCAGUAUUUGAGCGGGACAAUGAGAACAAACUAGGGUAUAAGCUCCUGGAAGCCAACCCGAAGGGCCACACGAGGAUGAUCUUGGACGCCGCAUGGGCACCCGAGACGGAAUCAGUGGUUUUCGCAACGGCUGGCAGAGACAAGCAAAUAAAAAUCUGGAAGAAGGGACCGUCUGAUGAAACAAUUGCAUUGGCAACCUCGAUACCGGCCACAGCCCCGGUUACGGCUGUUGACUUCCUUUCAUGCAAAGACGAGAAUGGUAGGUUUCUGCUUGCAUCUGGAAAUGAGGAAGGAAGGAUCGCAAUUCAUACAAUCGACUCGGAGACCCUUACCGUCCUGUCCAGCGUUGCUCUGGAUCCGAACUUGGGUCUUGCUAGAGCUGUAGCUCAGUUGUCAUGGAGGCCAAACUCAGCAGCGAAGGAUUUGGCGAUAGCAGGAGAAGACUCAUCUCUGCGGGUAUAUUCUUACUCGCCCGCGUGA